AGUGGCCGGGUUUGGUGUGGAGCGCGCGGGGCGGGAAAGAACACUAAACUGCCCCUGGGGCGCUGGGUUCCGUCGGCAGGCCGCAGCCCCGUGGGUGGCCCUCCUGUGCCUCGCCCGUCGCCGGCACCCUGGCCGUGGGCACCUGCGUGGAGCGCGGCGCGGGGCCGCUGAGCGGCGGCGACAUGAAGGUCACGUCGCUCGACGGGCGCCAGCUGCGCAAGAUGCUCCGCAAGGAGGCGGCGGCGCGCUGCGUGGUGCUCGACUGCCGGCCCUACCUGGCCUUCGCCGCCUCGAGCGUGCGCGGCUCGCUCAACGUCAACCUCAACUCGGUGGUGCUGCGGCGGGCCCGGGGCGGCGCGGUGUCGGCGCGCUAUGUGCUGCCCGACGAGGCGGCGCGCGCGCGGCUGCUGCAGGAAGGCGGCGGCGGCGUGGCGGCCGUGGUCGUGCUGGACCAAGGUAGCCGCCACUGGCAGAAGCUGCGCGAGGAGAGCGCCGCGCGCGUCGUGCUCACCUCGCUGCUGGCCUGCCUGCCGGCCGGCCCACGAGUCUACUUCCUCAAAGGAGGAUAUGAGACCUUCUACUCGGAAUAUCCUGAGUGCUGUGUGGACGUAACACCCAUUUCCCAAGAGAAGAUUGAAAGUGAGCGAGCCCUCAUUGGUCAGUGUGGAAAGUCAGGGCUCAGCAUCAGCUACAGGCCAGCUUAUGAUCAGGGUGGCCCGGUUGAAAUACUUCCCUUCCUCUAUCUUGGAAGUGCCCACCAUGCAUCCAAGUGCGAGUUCCUCGCCAACCUGGACAUCACAGCUCUGCUGAAUGUCUCCCGGCGGACCUCUGAGGCCUGCACGACCCACCUACACUACAAAUGGAUCCCUGUGGAAGACAGCCACACAGCUGACAUUAGCUCCCACUUUCAAGAAGCAAUAGACUUCAUUGACUGUGUCCGGGAAAAGGGAGGCAAGGUCCUGGUCCACUGUGAGGCUGGGGUCUCCCGGUCACCUACCAUCUGCAUGGCUUACCUCAUGAAGACCAAGCAGUUCCGCCUAAAGGAGGCCUUCGAUUACAUCAAGCAGAGGCGGAGUGUGAUCUCCCCAAACUUUGGCUUCAUGGGCCAGCUCCUGCAGUAUGAAUCUGAGAUCCUGCCUUCCACGCCCAACCCCCAGCCUCCCUCCUGCCAGGGGGAGGCUGCAGACUCCUCCUUUAUAGACCAUUUGCAGACACUGGGCCCUGAGGUGCAGGGUGCCUACUGCACAUUCCCUACCUCGGUGCUGGCACCGGUGCCCACGCACUUGCCGGUCGCAGAGCUCCACAGGAGCUCUGUGGCCACUGCCACAUCGUGCUGACACUGGGAGGGGUCCUGGCCCAGCCUCAAGAGCAACUGUGAUUUUUGUUUUUUCAAACUCGUGGACAUUUCAUACCUGUGCAAUACUGAAGACCUCUCUGUCAUGCUGCCCCAUAGAGACAGUGAGUGUCACCAGGCUUGCAAAUGAACUUCAGACUGACUUCAAGGAUGAGUUCUCGGGAUGGAGGAAGGCCAAGCCAUUACUAGAGCACAGUGUGUGCUGACUACUGUACUUCCAGACCCCCUGCCCUCUCAGGACCACCCAAUCCUUGCACCUCAGAGUUCGCCUUUUCAUUUCAAGCGUAAGGCAAUAAGUACCUGCAGCAUCAUAGGAGUGAGAAGCUCCCAGACCAGGAUAAAAGGCAGUUAGGAAGCCAGUUCAUUUCGAAGGAAGCACAAUUUCCACCUUAUAUUUUUUGAACUUGGCAGUCUUGUGCCUGUCUCUUGCUUCAGGGCAUAAGCUGAUCACCAUCUAGUCAGGAAAGUCACCCUGCUGGGUUUGCAGAGAUACCAUGUGUAGGCUGAUAUGAACCCCAAACUGUUUUUGGAGAUUUCCUCUUGGGUCCAAUGGAGGCAGUUGGUGGAAGAAGCAAGAAAGAAAUUGACUCUUCUGAGUUUCUCUUUCACUGUGGGUUCUUCCCUGACCUUGAACUCUGGCAUGAUUUUUAUUCAUACUUGAACCUGUCUCAUUGCAUCUCACCUCAAAGGAACUCUGGUGUCAGUUGAAAAGAGUUUUCAGACCUUACCCAAAAAUCACCCCUUUGAGGUGGUAGCAGUGGGUACCCAGAGAAAAAGGAUGUCUGCUGGGUGUUUGGGGUCAGUGGCAUUGCAGGUCAUCCAGCUCGCCAUCCUGUGUGCUUGUGUCUCAUCUCUUGUGAACACUUGGUUUCCUCCCUGCCCCUGGGGGUUGUCUUCAAGCUACUGAUUUCUGGGAUUUACAGAUUUGUGAUGUGGUACUACUUCUUUUCUGUCCGUAGGUUAUUUCUCCAGGGGAAAAGGCAAUAAUUUCCUAAAACCCAUGUAAAUGUGAAGAAAAGCAGUAUGUUACUGGUUGUUUUUUAUAUAGUGCAAAAUAAAAACUGCAAAAGAUAAAGGCA